GAAACAUUCGUACAAAUGGGUGACUUACUGCCAUCUCGUGGCUUUACCGUAUUGGUCAACGGCAAAGUCUACCAGACAAAUACGCUGCCCAGCUCAGCGGCGGAUGAUGGCCCCAUCUUUACAGAGUGCAUGAUCAUCCGAGAUGGCAUCAUCCAGUAUGUUGGCCCUGAAGCAGAUGCCGAGGUGGACGCGGCUAAAGCUGCGGGCGCAACGAUAAAGAAUCUGGAGCAUCAGACUGUCCUCCCGGGAUUCAUCGACGGCCACUUACACCUCCUUCUAGUCGGGCAGGCUCUCACCAAGGUUGGCUUGGAAGCGUGCACAAGUCUAGAAGACAUUCAAGCCGAGAUCAAGCGAUAUGCCAAGGCCCAUCCAGACGUUCCACGCAUAUUUUGCCGCGGCUGGAUGCAUUCAAUGACUCCCGAGGGUGUUGAUUCCACCUUGCUAGAUGGGCUCGAUCCUCGACCAAUCUUUGUCGAUACAAAGGACCUGCAUUCCACAUGGUGCAACACAGUUGGGUUGGAGGAGGUUUGUCGUGUUAUGGACAUUGCCGAUGAUGCCCCAGAUCCUGUGGGUGGCACUUUUCAGCGCGAUAACAGUGGCAAACUCAACGGGGUCUUUAAUGAGAGCGCCGUGUUUGAGUACAUCUGGCCAUUCACUGCUAGAGUUGCCUCGGUCAAUGACAGAAAAGAGUCCAUCAAGGCAGCAAUCAAGGCGUUCAACGCAGCGGGUUAUACCGGAAUGGUCGACAUGGCCAUGGACGAGCUCAUCUGGGAGCCCCUGAUUGCGUUGCGAAACGAACAAGGUCUUGGCGGUAUGCGAAUUGCAGCGUACUGGCUUAUGAAGCCCAGUGAUUCCUUGGAGGUUGUGAUGGCACAAAUUGAUCGUGCAAUCGAGUUGGCCGGACAAUACAACUCUCAUAGCACUCCAGACUGCCGCAUUGUCGGCAUCAAGGUCAUUUGUGAUGGGAUUAUUGACGCCUGUACUGCUUCACUUACCGAACCAUACUCAACGGGAACAACCCCCAACCCUAUUUGGUCGGAAGAGUUCCUCAAUCCCAUGGUCUCCAAGGCUCAUGCCGCAGGGCUGCAAGUUGCGCUGCAUGCUAUCGGCGACCGGACGAUUCGCAUGGCGAUUGAUGUUCUAGAAAAGAAUACAGAUCGCUCGCGACGUCCACGGAUAGAACACAUUGAGCUCUCCAGCGCUGAAGAUGCCGUGCGUCUUGGCAAGCUGGGCAUCACAGCAUCUAUCCAGCCCGUGCACUCUGACCCUGCCAUAUUGCGAGCGUGGCCAAGAUUGAUAGGCGAGCACCGCUGCAAGCGAGCAUUCGCCUAUCGAGAAUUUGCCGAUGGCGGUGCCCCUUUGGCUCUCGGCUCAGACGCGCCUACAGCUCCGCAUCUUCCCAUCCCCAACAUGUAUGUUGCGACGACGAGACGGUCUUAUCGUGAGCCUGAAUUGGAGACUGUUGUCAACCCCGAGUUUGCCCUUACUGUCUGCCAGGCUGUUGCGGGGGCAACGCAUGGAUCCGCGUACUCGACUUUUGCGGAUGAGUGGACGGGAUGUUUGAAAAAGGGCCUCAAGGCUGAUUUUGUGCAAACCUGUGACGUGCAGAGGCAUUACGGGAAGGACACCAAGAUUGGUGACGGCUCAUACAUUUUCAGUGAUAAAUUUUAG